UAUUUUCAGGUAAUGGAAACUUAAGAUGAUUGAGAGAGAAAAUACUAGAAGUGAGAUAAUUAUUUCUUAUGAUAUUCUAUCUAUUAUGAAAGCAAUCAAGUCAUCCAUAGAAAAUUAAACAACUAUGACAUAAUAGUAGAAUCAUGAGAAAAGAUUGAGUUUCAUUCACAUGCUGCAAAUUCCAUCCAACAUGUGAUUGCUUUGCCAGCAGAAAUCGGAUAAUGUCUGAAAAUAUUUUCUCGAAGAUCACGACAAUGUCUGUCGUUGGUAAUCAUACAGUGGUGACAUCUAUGGCUGAUAAUACAACACAAGAUCGCGGUGUGUUUUUCCUUGACGAUCCUUCACAGUUUUUCUACACAGCGUCAUCGACAACAAUUAUUACAGUCAUAAUGCCAUUGAUCUUAUCAAUCGGGAUAAUAGCCAACUGCGCAUUUAUAUACAUUAUUAUAAGGUUAAAACGAAUGCGAACGGUCACUAACUUUUACCUUGCAAAUUUAGCGAUUGCAGAUUUCAUUUACUUGUGUAUAGUGGUUAGCGAUAAACUUCUGCGUUAUUAUACAUCACCGUUUAGUAAAGACUAUAGUCCUUGGGGAAGUCAGCCAUGUAAAUUAAUAACAGCACUAAUCUUCGUACCUCAUUUUGUUUCUGAGUUGACAAUUACAUUGUUCACUUUCGAGAGAUACACAGCGACAAAACACUCCAGGAGGACUCUUUAUACUAAGACAAAACUGAAAUGUCUUUUGUAUAUAAUCGUGACGUGGAUCAUUUCGGGUGCCUUGAUUACUCCAUGCCUGUAUUUCAUUAAUGGUAAAACGUUCCUUCUUCGCUGGAUCGAAGAUGACGCACUUAAGGAAAGAAUAAUACGGAAAUGCGGUCCUUUUCCGAUAACAUUAUUUGGAGGCGUUACACUACAAUGCCAUGCUUUGCAGACAGUGCCGUUCUUCUUCAGCGCUGUCAUGAUCAUUGUGUUGAACACUUUGAUCGUAAAAGCGCUUAAUAAAAGCACUAUCGUCUCGAAGAAACUUUUUUCUAAAGACAACAAAGCUUUGGCCGAAAGGAAACAGAUCAUUAGAAUGCUAAUUGCGACAUCCAUCAUUUUUUAUAUCUGCGUUUUGCCUUAUUACAUUGAUGACAUCAUCAAUGCGCUAGUACGAUUGAAUCUCAUAACACAAUUUAAAAUCCCAGCUGAAUUCCUACAAAUAGGGCGAUUUCUGGCAUACUCAAAUUCAGCCAUAAAUAUUCUGAUAUACAAUAUGUUCAGCAAACGGUACCGACAAGCCUUUUACAAAGUAUACUGCUGUUGUAAAGAUACCCCUGCCUUUGACCAAGAAAGUUUCACUAACAGAUCUUGGAUACAUAAAAUAACUUUGAGACGUCUGAAUGGUACCAAACACAUUCCAAAUUUUCAUGAACACAUUCCAACUAUUUCAAAAGCCUGUCAGGAGAAUCCUGGUAUUAAAGAAGAGGUGAUUGAAAAUAAGAAACUUCCUACUAUUUAUGAAGAGGCAGCCUGUGACAGUACCAUGGUAACUGAGUAUAUUGCUACUAUCUCUGAAUCCACCUAUCUUUAGGAGAAAUUAUUUUUCAGGAAGAAUAAGCC